CUCGGCUAAAAAAAACCGACCAGACCCACACAGCUGACAAAACCAAAACUCUGCUAAAUUAUAUUUGAGUUAAACUUUCUUCCAUAAAUCUAAAUACACAAUAUUUAGUCAGUUAAAUAAUUAAAUCUUCACGAUCGUCACGUCAUAAAUCGUGCGUACAUACAUUUGUAAAUAAGGAAAAUGUCGAAGGAACACAGUUUCCCUAAUUUUACAAAAAAGGGGACGGGACACAUUUUGCAAGACUUACUUUCCUCCACGGUCCUUCUCCAGAGGUCAAAUUUUGUCCCCCCAACGCAACCCGGGGACGAUUACAACUUUCCCCAGGGGGAUCACUCAUCCCCAGAAGUAACGUCCUCCUGCUCGAUCUGCGCUGAAUCUGGAACAAAUCUGCGCGCUCUCACCGUCCAGGAAAUGGAAAUCCUUGCCAAAUUCGUCCCAAAUCAGGAGCAAAUUUCUCUCAUUUUACAAACGGAAAAUCAUCCUGCAAUUUUGUGUUGCAAAAUUUGUGCUUCUGCAACCCUCUUUUUGGCCAAGAGGACUACGGAAAUCGAAAAUAUUACCAUUUCUCUCCGUGCCGUCAUUUCCAGGGGGAAUGGAAUCAUCUUCAAUAAAGGGCGAAAUGAAGCAAAAAUCAAUGAAUUAAGCACGUGUUCGAUCUGCUCCGAAUCUGGGACAAAUCAGCGUCCUCUCGCCGUGCAACAAAUGGAAAUUCUUGCCAAAUUCGUCCUAAAUCAGGAGCAAAUUUCUCUCAUUUUACAAACUGACGAUCAUCUGCCAAUUUUUUGUUGCAAAAUUUGCUCCUCCGCGAUCCUCUCGUUGGCCAAGUUGACCACGCAGAUUGAAAAUAUUACAAUUUCUCUCCGUGCAAUAAUCUCCAGAAGGAACGGACCGUUCAAUAAAGUGCGAAAUGAAUCUGCCGAAAUUAGUGAAUCUGCCCACCAAGUCGACAAUGAUGACAGCCACCAAUUAACCGGGGAGGAAGAAUUCUCCGUCAAAGUCGAGCCCACGUACGGCGACGAAAUCACGCCUGAUCCUCCAAAAAGUGACCACUCUGACGUUGACGUUGCAAAUUCCCACGUGCCAAAAUACGUGUGCAAAAUUUGUCGCCCCAACGCUGCAUUUUCCUGCUAUCACACCUACAAGCGCCACAUGAAGAAUAAGAACAUUCAUCCCGACGUUUCCGAGGCUAAUAUUGCAGACUAUCAACCUCAUUUGGAAUCAAGGAAAUUUGUGUGCAAAAUAUGUAAAAGAAAAUUCCUCAAAAAGUCCCACCUCGAGCGCCACAUGAGGAGCAAGAAUACUCAUCCCGACGUUUCCGACCCUGCUUUUUCCCUGGAGCAAGAAUUCUCCGUGAAAGUCGAGCUAACCAAUGAUGACGGUGACGAAAUCACGUCUGAUCCUCCGUACCAUCCAGAAAGUGACGAUUACCACUCUGACGUUGACGUUGCAAAUUCCAAUGUGCCAAAAUAUGUGUGCAAAAUUUGUCACCCCAACGCCACAUUUCCCAGAUGGGACACCUACAAGCGCCACAUGAAGAACAAGAAGAUUCAUCCCGACGUUUCCGAGGCUGAUAUUGCAGCCUAUCAACCUCAUUUGGAAUCAAGGAAAUUUGCGUGCAAAAUAUGUAACAAGAAAUUCCUCAAGAAUGCCCACCUCCUACGACACUUGACCAGUAAGACGAUUCAUCCAGACGUUUCUGAUGCGGAUUUUGCUGCCGCAUUUAAGACAACAAUAGAGCGAAAACGACCCGUCGUCCCCCGAAAACGGAAGCCGUUUCCGUGUCCAAAAUGUGACAAGAGUUUCAACUCGAGCGGAGGCUUACUACAUCACACUCGCCUCUCUCACGAAUGGCUCCGUUUUCAACGCAAGUGCACCUUUUGCACCAAAGUCUUUAUAAACUCGACCUCAUUGCAAAGGCACAUGCACACCCGGCACAAUGUUCCAAUUCCAGAAGAAGAAACCCGGCAUUUUUGCGCAAUCUGUGCAAAAACCUUGAGCAGCUUGACGAGCAAGCAGUGUCACGUGGAAAAGGUCCAUUUUCCCGACAAGACGUCCUGUCCGUACGGAUGCGAAGUUAAGAUUGACUCGGAGGCUGACUGGGUGACACAUUUGGAGGGGUGCGAUUCAGAAAAAAUGAAUGCAGAAUCUGAAUCCGUUUGCAAAUAUUGUCCAGCCGUGUUUCGCAACCUCCUUUUGCAGAUCGAACACCGUCUCCGCGUCCAUCCGGCAAACUCGUUAUCGUGUUCCACGUGUGGGCAGAGAUUUACCCUGCAAUCCGCCCUCACCGAUCAUCCUUGCACAAAAACAGCCACCACGUCGCAGAAUUCGGGGCCCGACGUCGUUGACCCUGGAGCAAAAUAUGUUGCGGGUACUAUCAUCGUUUCCGAAUUUAUCCAACAAGUCGUGCCUGACGAGGGGUCUUCUCCCCCCAAUAUUUGCAACAAUGUGGACCUCCAUCAAUUACCCGAAGAGGAGGAAGAAUUAAAAAUCGAGCAAAUUUACGAAAAUGACGACUCUGACCAAAUCACGUCUGAUCCCCUCUACGAUCCAGAAAGGGGGCAAAGUGACUACGAAUCAGACGUUGACGUUGCAAAUUCCCACGUGCCAAAAUACUUGUGCAAAAUUUGCCAACCCAACGUCACAUUUACCAGUUUUGACGCCUACAAGCGCCACAUGAAGAAUACAAAUAUUCAUCCCGACGUUUCCGAUGCGGACAUAACCGACUUUCAAACAAGGAAAUUUGCCUGCAAGAUAUGUAAAAGAAAAUUCGCAAAAAACUCUAACCUCUUACGACAUUUGACCAACAAGAAAAUUCAUCCCGACAUUUCUGAUGCGGAUUUUGCGGCCGCAUUUAGAACGACAAAGCGAGUGGUCCCUCCUCCAAAACCUGUUUUUGAACCUGCCCAUCUCUGUCCAAAAUGUGGGCAAAGAUUUACCCUCCAGUCCGUCCUUUCUCGGCACCUUUGUUCCGCCAAAACCGGCACAAAUUCAGGACCCGAAUUUGAAUCAGACUUCACGGUCCAACCGGACGUCACGUUGAAUGGCCACGUGAGGAACGAGAAUAUUAACGCCGAUAUUUCCGAAUUAUCCAGCCACGCCGCGCCUGACGAGGGGUCUCCUCCUCUUUCCGACCAGAUUUCCAACAAUGACGCUGACCAACAAUUAAUUGAAGAAUUUUCCGUAAAAGUCUACCCAAUUUCCGACGAUCCGGCUGAUCCUCUAAAAAUUUCAGAAAGUGAGGAUGACGACGUUGCCCCCGUGGCCAAUCCAGGGGUCCCUGCUGAACCAAAAUAUGUUUGCAAAAUAUGCCAACCCAACGUCGCAUUUGACAGGCAUCGCAACUAUAAGCGCCACAUGACCAACAAGAAUAUUCAUCCCGACAUUUCCAGUGCUGAUAUUGCCCGCUUUCAUCCUCAUUUAGAAUUGAAGCAAUAUGCGUGCCAAUUAUGUCCUAAGAAAUUCGCCGGGCAUUGUCACCUCCUCCGACACUUGAGCAGCACGACAAUCCAUCCCGACAUUUCUGAUGCGGAUUUUGCGGAGCGGCUCCUCUCUCUGCACGAGAAGCCACUCCCAUGUCCCAAAUGCGACCAGAGUUUCCCCUCGUACUUGACUUUUCGCCAACAUUUUUUUCGCUCUCACGAAUGGCUCCCUUACCGCCGGAAGUGUACCCUUUGUCCGAAAGUCUUCUCCAAAUUGACCUUAUUGCAAGGGCACAUGUUCGCCCGGCACAAUAUUCCAAUCCCGGCAGGCGCACGGCAAGAAGCGCGUCACUCGUGUCCCAUGUGUGCAAAAACUUUCUCCGGUCUGACAACCAAGCAGCGCCACGUGGAACUCGUCCACCUGCCCGACAAGACGUCCUGUCCAUACGGAUGCGAAACCAAGAUUGACUCGGAGGCUGACUGGGUGACGCAUUUGGAGCGGUGCGACUCUCCAAAAAUGAGUGCCGAAUCGGAAUGCGCUUGCAAAUAUUGUCCUGCCAUGUUCCGCAACCUCCUCUUGGAGAUGGAACAUCGCCUUCGCGUCCAUCCCGAAAAUACGCGCCCUUGCCUUUCCUGCGGGAAGAGGUUUAUCCACCACACUGUUCUCCAUAAUCACCGUUGUUCCAAAAAUGGUCCGGUUCCAAAGUCUGGACUUGGGGUCACUCCUGAUUCAAAAGAUGGCGCUGCCUCUCAGGUUUCAGGAUCUUUCCACAAAAUCGAGCCGAUCGACGACCCCGAAGAAACCACGUCGGACCCUCUCUACCAUCCAGAAAGUGACGAUGACGACGCCAACAGUGAGCCCCAUGCAGGGUCAAAAAAAUACAGAUUUACGUGCAAAAUGUGUAAAAGGAAAUUCACCAAAAAUGAUCACCUCAUACGCCACAUGAAGAAUAAGAAUAUUCAUCCCGACAUUUCAGCCGCUGAUGUUUCCGACCGUCAACCUCACUUAUCAUCAUCGGCGAAAUUUGUGUGCAAAAUAUGUAACAAAGAAUUCGCAAAAAACUGCCAUCUCCUCCGACAUUUGAGAAACAAAAGAAUACAUCCCGACCUUUCUGAGGCUGACAUUUCAGUCGAAUUUACAGUGGUUCCGCCUCCUUUAGCUUCGAAAAAAUUUGCGUGCAAAAUAUGUGGCACGAAAUUCACCAAGAAUCAGCAACUCCUCCGACACUUGAGGAACAAGAAGAUACAUCCUGACAUUUCCGAUGCGGAUUUUCUCGCUGCAUCAACCGGAGGAGAUCGGUCCGUGCCUCAACCUCAGAAAUUAUUUCCAUGUCCAAAUUGUGACAAGCGUUACUUCUCCAGCAGGGAUUUAGACCAUCACAAACGCCACGCGCACGAAUGGGUCCCUUUCCGCCGGAAGUGUACCCUUUGCCCGGUAACCUUCACGAAGUUGAUCCUAUUGCAGAGACACAUGCAGAAAUGUCACGAUGUUCCAAUCCCGCGGCAAGAAAAUUCCUGUACCAUAUGUUCCAAAACCUUUGUCAAGUCAGAAUCCAAGAAUAGUCACGUUGAGCUGGUCCAUUCUCCGGACAAGACGUCCUGUCCGUACGGAUGUGAAGUCAAGAUUGACUCGGAGGAUGAAUGGGUGACACAUUUGGAGGGGUGUGAUUCCCCAAAAAUGAGUGCAGAAUCGGAGUGCGUUUGCAAAUAUUGUCCCGCCGUGUUCCGCAACAUCCUCCUGCAGAUCGAACAUCGCUUCCGCAUCCAUCCCGCAAACACGUACUCUUGUCCCACUUGUACGCAAAGAUUUACCUGUAAAGCUGUCCUCAAUCAGCAUCAUUGCACCUUAAUUGGAAACAUUGGCAGCACAGCAAACAUCGGAAACGUUCCAAAAAAUUCCGAAAAACAAAAAUUCCUUUGCACCAUCUGCCAACCGAACGUCUCCUUUAACACGUCGGGGGCCCACGUGCGUCACAUGAGGGACAAGAAUAUUCACCCGGACAGUGCAGAUGCGCAUGUUUCCCAGGUCAAACCGCGUUUAAAAUCAAGAAAAUUUCCGUGCAAAAAAUGUGGCAUAAAGUUCUCGCGGAGUAAUCAUCUCGUCCGGCACAUGAUGAAUAAAAAUUUACAUCCCGAUGUUGUUUCCCCGGGUAGCAAGAUUUCCGCCGGAUCUACGAGGGAGACGGGAUGCGACCAGAAAGCAAGAAUCCCGCGCUCCCUUCCUGGCGGGACUAAACGGAAAUGCACCCGUUGCCCGAGGCAGUUUGCGCACGUGACCUUAUUGCAGAAGCACAUGCAGCAAUGGCACAACCUUUCCAUGCCGAACAACUUAUCCAGGCCGCGUUACCCUUGUGAAGUGUGUGCAAAAACAUUCGCCAAAAAGGCGCACCUCCUCCUUCACGUCGAGUUGGUCCACUUUUCCGACAAGACGUCUUGUCCGUACGGAUGUGAAGUAAAGAUUGACUAGGUGGCUGCCUGGGUGACGCACUUGGAGGGGUGCGACUCGCCAAAAAUGACUCGACCUGCGCUUGCCAAUUUUGCCACGCCGUGUUCCGCAACACUUUCCUACAGAUGGAACACCACCUGCGCCAACAUCCCGACCAGGCUUUCUUGUGUCCCAUUUGUAAGGAAGGAUUCACCCGCCAAUCGGCCCUUCAGACUCAUGUGAACAAUUGUAAAAUCAGAAAUUGUGAUUCGCUAAAUAAUUGAAAAAUAAAUAUGAAAAUGCAGUGAUACGAGUUCCAAGUC